AUGGCAAAAGAACUGAAAAUAUUCGACCGUAACAUCUGCCGCAUACUGAAAAAUGAUCUCAAGGUCAAGCCUUACAAGAUCCAAAAGGCGCAUGAUCUCACACCGAAGCAGCAACAAGUUGGACUUCAGAGAGCGAAGAAGUUGCUUCGCUUGGCCGAAAGCGGUCAAUUUCCAAACAUUGCGUUUUCUGACGAGAAAAUUUUUCCAAUUGAGCAACUCGUUAACUCUCAAAACGAUAGGGUUUACUUGACCGUCCGUUCAUACGAGAAUUUGAGUCAUCGAUUGGCCACCAGAAGGCAGCACACGCAACAGAUAAUGGUUUGGGCCGCUGUAACCGCAGAUUGGCGCUCUCCAAUUGUUUUCAUCGAGCCUGGCGUCAAGGCAAAUGUCAAAUAUUAUCGGGAAAGUAUUCUGGAGGUUGCUUUGAAGCCGUGGGUGGACAAACAUUUUGGUGGUAGACCAUGGACGUUUUAA